AUGUGUUCGAUACAACGGAUACCUAUUCGGUUGUCGGUUUGGUUCCAAGUAUGGUUUGAUUUCGGAUCAGUUUUCCCGAUCUCAAUCGGGUUGGUUUCUCUGGCUAGUUCCAGAUCUAUAUCCGACUCUGUUCGGUUGCGGUUCUCCGGCUUGACCGGAAUGUUUUUGUUUAGUUGGGUUAAGACUGGAAACGUGUAUUCGAGUAGAUUCACGUUUUGUUGUAGAGAGUUGGGAGAACGUUUUUUCCGAAAUGAGUUGCCGGAAUUUAUACCGGAAGAAUCCACCGGAGAAGAAACCGUUUCCGAAGGUGAAGAUUCUCUUACGAAACUGCUCUCACUUCCGUACAGAUCAUUCUCCGACAAGCUUCAGAGACAUGCUUUUAGCCUCAAAGAUACGAUAGUGUUGGAGACAUGGGAACGAUCAGGAAAACGUGUUCGAGACUAUAAUCUGUAUACUGGUGUUCUUGGAACAGCUUAUCUCUUGUUCAAAUCUUAUCAAGUCACUAGAAAUGAAGAUGAUCUAAAGCUAUGUUUAGAGAUUGUUGAGGCUUGUGAUGUGGCGUCGAGAGAUUCUGAGCGAGUGACGUUCUUAUGUGGCUAUGCUGGUGUUUGUGCUCUUGGUUCUGUUGUAGCAAAGUGUAUAGGUGAUGAUCAGUUACAGGAUCGUUAUUUAGCCCGUUUCCGUGAGAUAAGGCUUCCGAGUGGUUUGCCGUGUGAGUUGUUAUAUGGUAGAGCAGGAUACUUAUGGGCAUGCUUGUUCUUGAAUAAGCAUAUCGGGAAGGAUAGUGUAUCGUCUGCAAGAAUGAGAUCCGUGGUUGAGGAAAUCUUCAGGGAAGGUAGACAACUAGGGAAAAGAGGAGAGUGUCCAUUGAUGUUCGAGUGGCACGGGAAGAAGUAUUGGGGUGCUGCUCACGGUUUAGCCGGGAUUAUGCAUGUUCUGAUGCAUAUGGAACUUGAACCAGAUGAAAUCCAAGAUGUUAAAGGUACACUAAGAUACAUGAUUCAAAACCGUUUUCCUAGCGGAAAUUACCUAUCUAGCGAAGGAAGCAAAUCAGAUCGCCUUGUUCAUUGGUGUCACGGUGCUCCUGGUGUUGCUCUCACGCUCGUAAAGGCAGCUCAGGCAUUUGUAGAGGCUGCAAUGGAGGCGGGAGAAGUCGUUUGGAACCAGGGAUUGCUUACACGAGUAGGAAUCUGUCACGGUAUCAGCGGAAACACAUACGUUUUUCAUUCUUUAUACCGAUUAACAGGAAAACCAAAGUACUUGUAUCGAGCAAAGGCUUUCGCGUCUUUCCUACUCGAUAAAGCAGAGAAACUCAUCGCAGAAGGUAAAAUGCACGGAGGAGAUAGGCCAUUCUCUCUCUUCGAAGGUAUAGGAGGAAUGUCUUACAUGUUUCUCGACAUGAACGACCCAACUCAAGCUCUGUUUCCAGGUUAUGAGCUCUAA